AUGACAAACCUUCUCCUUAGGUAUGAUCUCAUGGGAUUCAUUGAUGGAACUCAUUUGUGCCCACCAGCCGAUGAUCUAGAAUAUAAAGCUUGGAUCUAUCAAGAUCGACUACUGCUCAUUGCCAUCCAAAUGGAUGUCACUGGACUAGUAGGGUCGAUUGUGUCUCGGUGUAAAAACGUUCAGGAGGCUUGGCACAAACUCAAAACUACCUACGCCAACAAAUCCAAUACUCGAAUGGUUGGUCUCAUCAACUCUCUCACCAAGGUUAAUCAAGAAGGAAAAAACAUUUCUAAGUUUAUGCAAUCCGUUAAAACUAUUAUUGGUGACCUUGCUAUGAUUGGGCAUGAUUUGAGUGAUGGAGAAAUCGUAGUUUAUACGCUCAAUGGUCUCAUCAAUGGCUACAAAGAGCUUAAAGCUGCCUUACGUGCAAGAGAGUCACUCAUCUUCUUUGAAGAAUUUGUCGAAAAGCUUCUAGACUAUUAA